AAAAUGGAUAUGGGGCCAUGCCCGAAGGUUCAUUCAUUGCAGCUAAGAAAAGAAUAUGAAGCCGCUAAAGCAAAAGGUCAAGAUAACUAUGACAGGGACCUGGAGGAUUUAAUAGAUAGGCUGAUUGUUGAGUGUGACAGGAAAAUAACUAGAGCCCUUAAAAGGCUUGAUGAGGAGGAUGCCAAAGCUGCUAUUGCCAUAUCAGUAUCUGAAGUUACCCUGACACCGGAGAUUGAUGAGUUGUCAAAGCAAAUUAAAGAGAAGUUGAAAGAAGCUGAUGUACAUGAUCUUGAAGGUAAGACAGAUCUGAAAAUUCGAGCUUUGGAAGAGGUUGAAGAACUCCGAACUAAGAGAGCAGACAAACAGUCAAUGCUCCUUUUGGAUGCAUUCAACAAAGAUCGAGCAUCUUUGCCGCAGCCACUUCAGACUGCCCCGCAGUUGGCACCGUUGCCUGCAUCUACUCCGGAUCCUCGCAUACAGGAAAUGAUAAAUGAGAAACUGAAGAAAGCAGAAGAUCUUGGUGAACAAGGGAUGAUUGAUGAAGCUCAGAAAGCAUUGGAAGAGGCGGAAGCUCUUAAGAAGCUGCCUGUGAGGCAAGAACAACCUGUUCAGGAUUCCUCAAAGUACACUGCUGUUGAUGUGCGGAUUACUGAUCAGAAGCUCCGUGUCUGCGAUAUUUGUGGAGCUUUCCUAAGUGUUUAUGACAGUGAUCGUCGCUUAGCUGAUCAUUUUGGAGGAAAGCUUCAUUUGGGAUACAUGCAAAUCCGUGAGAAAUUAGCUGAACUUCAGGAAGAACGAAACAAGAAACGCAAGGCAAUAGAAGAAGAUAGGAGAUCUAAAGAAAGGAGAAGCAGGGAACGUGACAGAGAAUCAAGCAGGGAUAGAGUUGAUAGCCGUGAAGUGGGGAGGGAUAGGGAUAGGGAUCAUGAUCGCAGGAGUAGAGAUCGCGGCUAUGAUCGCGAGCGUGACAGAAACAGAGACCGCUCUCGGAACUAUGACUCAAGAAGUCACAGGAGAUCGCGUUCACGGUCAAGAGAAAGGUCAAGGGAUUAUGAUCGCCACAGGCGUUACGAUCGCUACUAGGUGAAAGUUGCUAUGGCAUGGAGAGUUGAAAUCUUGCGACGUGACUUGUGUUGGAUGUUGGGUAUUUUGUAGCAUCUAGGAGAUGAUGUCAUAUAUAUAUACUGCCGUUUUUAUUUGGAUUAUGAAGUGGUAGGUAAAGUUGGAUAUUUGAUCUUCAAAACGCCAUGUACGUUUUAUGCUCUAGCUAGUGUUAUGACAAUGCAAGGUUCUGCAUUUUAGAUUGUAUCAUCCUUUCAGAGAAUAGCCCAUUUAAAGAUUCCAGGACUUGUUUUUGGCCAA